ACGAAAAAUAUGAAAAACUGGAAUUUGUAUCGGAGGGGCUUGAACUUUUAGAUAUACAGGCGGCGCGGCGGUACGCGAUGACGCGUUUUCGAGACACACCGAAUGCAAGCUAGUGUUGUAACGAACGAGUGGCUGCGGAGUUGAAUAAUGAGCGAACUGCAGGACAACGGGCGUGAGGCUUUGGUUGGGGUGGUAGACGCAAGCACGAGGACUGUAAAAUUUUGCGUAUUUGUCAGUCAACACGUAAAAGAAAUAGCGGAGCACGCGGUAGACUUGGAACCCAUAACCCCGCAAGAGGGUUGGUCUGAGCAAGACCCGUUAAAAAUACUGGCGGCGGUUAAGGGGUGUAUACAAAAGGUGAUAAAAUCUUUAGGACCCAAAGCGAAUAACAUUGUGACAAUCGGGAUUACGAAUCAGAGGGAAACCACGAUAGUAUGGGAUAAGACUACGGGAAACCCCCUUUAUAACGCUUUGGUGUGGAACGAUAUACGAACAGACGCCACGGUCGACGUGAUACUGGCGAAAGUACCUGAGAACAACAAGAACCAUUUUAAGCAAAUUUGUGGUCUUCCCGUUUCGCCGUACUUUAGCGCGUUCAAAUUAAAAUGGCUCAUGCACCAUGUACCUGCCGUCAGGAAAGCGAUCAAGGAAAAAAAAUGCCUCUUCGGUACGGUCGACACGUGGCUGUUAUGGAACUUAACGGGCGGCAUCAACGGCGGUAAACACGUCACGGACGUCACCAACGCUUCCAGAACCUUUCUCAUGAACAUCGAAACACUCCACUGGGAUCCGUUCCUGUUAAAUACGUUCAAAAUCCCGCCCGAGAUCCUGCCGGAAAUUCGGAGCAGUUCCGAAAUUUAUGGACGUGUUUUCAAGGGGUUGCCGCUGGAGGACGUGCCCAUUUCGGGAAUUUUAGGCAACCAACAGUCUGCUCUCAUCGGCCAGAGUUGUUUCAAGGAGGGCCAGGCAAAAAACACGUACAGGAGCGGGUGUUUUUUGCUCUACAACACGGGCACGACGAGGGUCCAGUCGUCGCAUGGGUUGGUGACAACGGUUGCGUACAAAUUCGGCGACUCGCCCGCCAUCUAUGCCUUAGAAGGCAGUGUGGCGGUGGCCGGCGCGGCGAUGAACUGGCUAAGGGACAACAUGGGUUUCAUUAAGAACAUUUCCGAGGACACGGAGUCGCUGGCCAAGGAGGUGUUCAGUACCGGCGACGUGUACUUCGUGCCCGCGUUCAAGGGGCUCUACGCCCCCUAUUGGCGAAAAGACGCGAGAGGGAUAAUCUGCGGUUUGACGGCAUUCUCGACCAAACAGCACAUCAUCAGGGCCGCGUUGGAAGCCGUCUGUUUUCAGACGCGCGACAUUUUGGAAGCGAUGAACAAGGACUGCGGUAUCAGUCUGACAAAGUUGCACGUCGACGGCAUCAUGACGACGAAUAAUCUGUUGAUGCAAUUGCAAGCGGAUAUAAGUGGGAUCCCGGUGAUAAGGGCGCACUCGCACGACAUCACGGCCUUGGGAGCGGCGAUUGCGGCGGGUUCUGCGCGCGGGAUCGACGCUUGGGACGUGAACGCGGAGGAGCGUGAACUGGUGCCCCACGACACGUUCCUGCCGACGUCGACGGAAAACGAGCGCGAUGCGAGGUACACCAAGUGGAAAAUGGCGGUGCAGAGGUCGCUCGGUUGGGUGUCGCCCAAGAAAUCGGCCGUCAUGACAGAGGAACGGUACCAGAUGUUGGCCAGCAUACCCGGCAGCCUUUACGCAAUAGUCAGUUUCGCCUUGUUGGUUCUCUCGCAACAUUUGGCAACGUCGCAGCAAUAAUUUGGACUAUAUAUUUUUUUCUCUAGUCGCGUCGAAGUAGGGCGGGGGACACUUUUUUCGCGUCAAAAUGGACGCCCAAUAUUUUAUUUUCGCGGUUUUAGAUAUUUUACCUUGUAAGUACUUAAAGAUGUUCUGUUUUUUUUUAAUUGUUGAUUUUAUGGUUAAUACAUUUUGUUUUCG